CUCACUUUCUCUCGUUCUCUCUCUCCUUCUCUGUCUCUCUCUCUCCUUUUCUGUCUCUCUCUCUCUCUCACUAUUCAGUGUACAAUAUCAAGCACAAGUCCUCAAAGAGUGUGCAGACAGUGUUGAUAUCAUACUGCUGUCACCCAAUGAAACAGUAUUGUGACCUGUUUCGACAUCUCCCAUGAGUAUUGACCAUUAUGAUAUUGUGGCCCCAUUAUGGAAAAAUCAUUUUCUUUUAGAGUUGUUCAGAGCUUUGUCAAUGAUGCUGUUGUAGUGUCUGCCCUAUUUGAACAAGUGGGGCAAUUUAAAUUACAUUCUCAUGUUCAUUUGGAAGACCAAGUCUGGAUUUCAAUCCAAGGCACGUUGUAGAGAACAGCAUUGGUCUGUCAACAAUGCACCUUUUAAAAGCAAUGGUUCCGAUGUUCACAAACAGCACAUUCACAGUAAAUAUUUAAAAUACCUAAAUCAUUAUUAACCAUCCAACAUAUAACGAGGCCCCUGGGGGCCUCACCCUCAUAAUGCUGGUCUUCCUGACACCCAUCAGAGGCCAAUGUGUAGAAGGCCAGGCAUAUGACCUCCACAGAGGGGACCCAGGUUAUAACAGAUUAUAAGUAUGGAAGAUUUAUCCAGGUCUGUCUUGAAAAAUCUAUUUUAUAUGUCAAUAAGACUAAGCUGGUUAAAUAAAAAUGAAUGAUAUAGUGUCCCAGCCGGGUUAAAGAUUAUAAAACCCUUCUCACAAAUAUGAAAACAUCCAACGGACCUCUCUGUGUUAUCUCUCUGUAAUAAUUAUAAUUAUAGUAUUCACUAAUUCUAGUAUAGUAUUGAAUAAUAUCCAAUUAUACAAUUUAAUGUCUAUAUUCAGUAGGCUAUUCUUAUAUUCAGUUCUACUAUUCAGUUCUGCUAUUCUAGUAUUUACUGUUCAAGGGGAACUGGUUUCAUGGUAGAACUCAACUGCCCACCCACCCCAUCAGUGUGACACAUGCUGGAGUGGUCACUAGAGUGGUCCUGGAGUAGUCUCUAGAGUGGUCCUGGAGUAGUCUCUAGAAUGGUCCCUAGAGUGGUCCUGGAGUAGUCUCUAGAGUGGUCCUGGAGUAGUCUCUAGAGUGGUCCUGGAGUGGUCUCUAGAGUGGUCUCUAGAGUGGUCCUAGAGUGGUCCUGGAGUGGUCACUAGAGUGGUCCUGGAGUAGUCUCUAGAGUGUUCCUGGAGUAGUCUCUAGAAUGGUCCCUAGAGUGGUCCUGGAAUGGUCUCUAGAGUGGUCCUGGAGUGGUCCCUAGAGUGAUCCUGGAGUGGUCUCUAGAGUGGUCCCUAGAGUGGUCUUGGAGUGGUCUCUAGAGUGGUCCCUAGAGUGGUCCUGGAGUGGUCCCUAGAGUGGUCCCUAGAGUGGUCCCUAGAGUGGUCCUGGAGUGGUCUCUAGAGUGGUCCUGGAGUGGUCCCUAGAGUGGUCCUUAGAGUGGUCCUGGAAUGGUCCGUAGAGUGGUCCUGGAGUGGUCCCUAAAGUGGUCCCGGAAUAGUCUCCAGAGUGAUCUCUAGAGUGGUCCUGGAGUAGUCUCUAGAGUGGUCCCUAGAGUGGUCCUGGAGUAGUCUCUAGAGUGGUCCUGGAGUGGUCUCUAGAGUGGUCCCUAGAGUGGUCCCUAGAGUGGUCCCUAGAGUGGUCCUGGAGUGGUCACUAGAGUGGUCCUGGAGUGGUCCUGGAGUGGUCUCUAGAGUGGUCCUGGAGUGGUCCCUAGAGUGGUCCUGGAGUGGUCCCUAGAGUGGUCCUGGAGUAGUCCCUAGAGUGGUCCUGGAGUAGUCCCUAGAGUGGUCCUGGAGUGGUCCUAGAGAGGUCCUGGAGUGGUCCCUAGAGUGGUCCCUAGAGUGGUCCUGGAAUGGUCCCUAGAGUGGUCCUGUAGUGGUCCCUAGAGUGGUCCCGGAGUAGUCUCCAGAGUGGUCCUGGAGUAGUCUCUAGAGUGGUCCCUAGAGUGGUCUUGGAGUGGUCUCCAGAGUGGUCUCUAGAGUGGUCCUGGAGUAGUCUCUAGAGUGGUCCUGGAGUGGUCUCUAGAGUGGUCCUGGAGUAGUCUCUGUUGGUACCUUCUUCUGUUGGUACCCUCCUUCUGUUGGUACCUCCUUCUGUUGGCACCUCCUUCUGUUGGCACCUCCUUCUGUUGGCACCUCCUUCUGUUAGCACCUCCUUCUGUUAGUACCUCCUUCUGUUGGCACCUCCUUCUGUUAGCACCUCCUUCUGUUGGUACCUCCUUCUGUUGGCACCUCCUUCUGUUAGCACCUCCUUCUGUUAGUACCUCCUUCUGUUAGCACCUCCUUCUGUUGGCACCUCCUUCUGUUGGCACCUCCUUCUGUUAGCACCUCCUUCUGUUAGCACCUCCUUCUGUUGGCACCUCCUUCUGUUGGCACCUCCUUCUGUUAGUACCUCCUUCUGUUGGUACCUCCUUCUGUUGGCACCUCUUUCUGUUAGCACCUCCUUCUGUUAGCACCUCCUUCUGUUGGCACCUCAUUCUGCCCUUCUAGGUCAACUACCAGUCAACCUCUGUAGCCUGUUCUCCUUCACCGCUAUAGCAGGUAGCAGACAAGAUCUAUUAGGUGGUUGCUACUUUGUGUGUGUGUGUGUGUGUGUGUGUGUGUGUGUGUGUGUGUGUGUGUGUGUGUGUGUGUGUGUGUGUGUGUGUGUGUGUGUGUGUGGUCUCCAGAGUGGUCUCUAGAGUGGUCCUGGAGUAGUCUCUAGAGUGGUCCUGGAGUGGUCUCUAGAGUGGUCCUGGAGUAGUCUCUGUUGGUACCUUCUUCUGUUGGUACCUCCUUCUGUUGGUACCUCCUUCUGUUGGCACCUCCUUCUGUUGGCACCUCCUUCUGUUGGCACCUCCUUCUGUUAGCACCUCCUUCUGUUAGUACCUCCUUCUGUUGGCACCUCCUUCUGUUAGCACCUCCUUCUGUUGGUACCUCCUUCUGUUGGCACCUCCUUCUGUUAGCACCUCCUUCUGUUAGUACCUCCUUCUGUUAGCACCUCCUUCUGUUGGCACCUCCUUCUGUUGGCACCUCCUUCUGUUAGCACCUCCUUCUGUUAGCACCUCCUUCUGUUGGCACCUCCUUCUGUUGGCACCUCCUUCUGUUAGUACCUCCUUCUGUUGGUACCUCCUUCUGUUGGCACCUCUUUCUGUUAGCACCUCCUUCUGUUAGCACCUCCUUCUGUUGGCACCUCAUUCUGCCCUUCUAGGUCAACUACCAGUCAACCUCUGUAGCCUGUUCUCCUUCACCGCUAUAGCAGGUAGCAGACAAGAUCUAUUAGGUGGUUGCUACUUUGUGUGUGUGUGUGUGUGUGUGUGUGUGUGUGUGUGUGUGUGUGUGUGUGUGUGAGAACAACCAGAGCAACCAGGGUUGCGUCUGAAAUGGUACCCUGUUCCCUAUGUAGUGCACUACUGUUGACCAGGGCCCAGGUCAAAAUACGUGCACUACAUAGGGAAUAGGCUGCCAUUUCUGAACCAGCCCAUGUCCUGAGAGCCUUAGACUCAGUAAAAGCCUGUAGUUUACAUUACACUGUUGAUACAACUUAGCCUGUUUACAGUCACUAUAAAUCCACUAUGGUAGCUGGUCCUUUGCCUCACGGAAAUAAAUGGCUUUAUUUCAACUUCUCCAACUUAUUGUGGGGACAAUGCAAUUUUUUAAUGGAGGAGACAGCGCGUCACAUAGACAGUAUGAGUUUUUUAAUGGAGGAGACAGCACGUCACAUAGACAGUAUGAGUUUUUUAAUGGAGGAGACAGCACGUCACAUAGACACUAUGAGUUUAAUGGAGGAGACAGCACGUCACAUAGACAGUAUGAGUUUAAUGGAGGAGACAGCACGUCACAUAGACAGUAUGAGUUUAAUGGAGGAGACAGCACAUCACAUAGACAGUAUGAGUUUAAUGGAGGAGACAGCACGUCACAUAGACAGUAUGAGUUUAAUGGAGGAGACAGCACGUCACAUAGACAGUAUGAGUUUAAUGGAGGAGACAGCACGUCACAUAGACAGUAUGAGUUUAAUGGAGGAGACAGCACGUCACAUAGACAGUAUGAGUUUAAUGGAGGAGACAGCACGUCACAAAGACAGUAUAAGUUUAAUGAAGUAGACAGCACGUCACAUAGACAGUAUGAGUUUUUUAAUGGAGGGGACAGCACGUCACAUAGACACUAUGAGUUUAAUGGAGGAGACAGCACGUCACAUAGACAGUAUGAGUUUAAUGGAGGAGACAGCACAUCACAUAGACAGUAUGAGUUUAAUGGAGGAGACAGCACGUCACAUAGACAGUAUGAGUUUAAUGGAGGAGACAGCACGUCACAAAGACAGUAUAAGUUUAAUGAAGUAGACAGCACGUUACAUAGACAGUAUGAGUUUUUUAAUGGAGGAGACAGCACGUCACAAAGACAGUAUAAGUUUAAUGAAGUAGACAGCACGUCACAUAGACAGUAUGAGUUUAAUGGAGGAGACAGCACAUCACAAAGACAGUAUAAGUUUAAUGAAGUAGACAGCACGUCACAUAGACGGUAUGAGUUUUUUAAUGGAGGAGACAGCACGUCAUAUAGACAGCAUUAGUUUUUUAAUGGAGGAGACAGCACGUCACAUAGACAGUAUGAGUUUUUUAAUGGAGGAGACAGCACGUCACAUAGACAGUAUGAGUUUAAUGGAGGAGACAGCACGUCACAUAGACAGUAUGAGUUUAAUGGAGGAGACAGCACGUCACAUAGACAAUAUGAGUUUAAUGGAGGAGACAGCACGUCACAUAGAAAGUAUGAGUUUAAUGGAGGAGACAGCACGUCACAUAGACAGUAUGAGUUUAAUGGAGGAGACAGCACGUCACAUAGACAGUAUGAGUUUAAUGGAGGAGACAGCACAUCACAAAGACAGUAUAGGUUUAAUGAAGUAGACAGCACGUCACAUAGACAGUAUGAGUUUUUUAAUGGAGGAGACAGCACGUCACAUAGACAGUAUGAGUUUAAUGGAGGAGACAGCACGUCACAUAGACAGUAUGAGUUUAAUGGAGGAGACAGCACGUCACAUAGACAGUAUGAGUUUAAUGGAGGAGACCGCGCGUCACAUAGACAGCACAAGUUUUUUCAUGGAGGAGACUGUGCGUCACAUAGACAGUAUGAGUUUAAUGGAGGAGACAGGGUGUAGUCAGGCUGUAACAGCAGUGAAAACUGACCGUGCUACAGGGCUGUCCCUUUUGAGGCAUCCACAUGGACAGGUGUGAUGCUGUGACAUGGACAGGUGUGAUGCUGUGACAUGGACCGGUGGGGCGCUGUGACAUGGACAGGUAUGAUGCUGUGACAUGGACAGGUGUGAUGCUGUGACAUGGACAGGUGAAGGCGCUGUGACAUGGACAGGUGGGGCGCUGUGACAUGGACAGGUGUGAUGCUGUGACAUGGACAGGUGUGAUGCUGUGACAUGGACAGGUGUGCCACUGUGGGACAUCAAUAUUGAUGUUCCAGCACCACGCAGAAAUCUGAGAUGAGCGUUUAACCCACUGAUCCAUCUGAUCCCACGGUGAGCCCUACCCUAACCUGCUGCACCAUGGGGCUGAAAGGUAGGAGGCCACUGAUGGGAUUAAUCACUAGGGAAAGCUAGUCGGUUACACCGGUACACACACACACAGACACUUCAACCUCCCUCUUAUCAAUGUUUUAAUCCUGUUUUUAACCGCCCACACAGAAAUGUAAUUAGCAUAAUAACAAAAAUCCCCAUCAAAAUCUGUCUAUUUAAACUAGAUAUAUCUUCUGUUCAUGUCGGCCUUCCACAUCUGCGGUGGAAGGUGGCAGAGCUACAGCGAUGUUUGUCAGACCAGGAGACUUCCUGAAAAGUCUGUAGCGUCUGAACGGUUUGGGCUCUACGAUGCCACAAGCCUCACAAAACUCGCCUAAAGGUAACCCAGUACCAAAUGACGGAAGUAUGGACAUACUUUAGUGCCAAAAAAGUGGUUAAAUAUGGAUAGAAACAGAUUAAAAUAACCCUGAGCUAUAGGACAGACACUGCAAAAUAAGCUUCAUUUUUUUUGUAUUUUACCCCCUUUUUCUCCCAAAUGUAAAUAUUGUCUCAUCGCUGGAACUCCCCAAAGGGUUCAGGGGGGGCGAAGGUCGAGUCAAGCGUCCUCCGAAACAUGACCUGCCAAACCGCGCUUCUUAACACCCACUCGCCAGCCGCACCAAUGUGUCAGGAA